GAAGAGCUGAGGGUCUACUGUGAUCGGUCUGCACAAUGUACAACCAAGUUUCUUUCAAGAAGGUGACCUCUGUCAAAACUGGCAGUAUCAGUGAUGGAGCUUACCACAGGGUAUCAGGAGGCAGCUAUGCCUCCAGUGUCUAUGCUGGGGCAGGAGGACUGGGCACCCAAAUUUCGAAAAAUGUCACAGGAAGAUAUGUACAAUAUGGAAGUAUUCAAAUCAUGGGGAAUGAAAAGGAGACCAUGCAGAACCUGAAUGACCGUUUGGCCAGCUAUAUAAACCAAGUGCGCUCCUUGGAGAAGGCUAAUGCCAAGCUAGAUGGACAAAUUAGGGAGUGGUACAGCAAGAACAGCGGAAGCUCGGAAAGAGAUUACAAGCAUUACUUUGAAACUAUUGAGGAACUAAGAAAACAGAUCCAAGAUGCCACCACAGAAAAUGCUAGUAUUUUCCUUCAAAUUGAUAAUGCACGGUUGGCAGGAGAUGACUUCAAAACAAAGUUUGAAAAUGAACAAGCAAUCCGCCUGUCUGGGGAGAAAGACUUAUUUGAAUUACGCAAGGUGGUUGAUCAGCUUACCAUUACCAAGGCUGAGCUAGAAAUGCAAAUCGAGGGUCUGAAGGAGGAACUUAUCUUCCUUACGAAGAACCACAAGGAGGAAAUGGAUGAGUUUCUUAAGAAAACAACAGGCGCUGUCAACGUGGAGCUAGAUGUAGCAUCACCUGUGGAUCUCGGUAAAAUCAUGGAAGAGAUGAGGGCACAAUAUGAGCAGUUGGUUGAAAAACAGAGAUUGGAGGCUGAAAAUGUGUUUGAGAAAAAGGUGGAGCAGUGGAAUAUGGAGAUCCAAAUAAACACUAGUGAUUUAGAGAAGUUUAAGCAAGAACUGAAGGAAUACAGACAAAAGGUGCAAGAACUGGAGAUGGAAUCCGAGGCUGAACUCAAUAAGAAAAAUAUAGCAGUUGCCAUGUUGGAGAAUAUUGAUGCCCAAAAUUCAAUGCAGCUAACAGAAGUUCAAGAAAAUAUUAAUAACAUAGAAACGCUACUUCAGAAAUCACGUCGAGAUGUUGGCCACCAGGUCUCCGAAUUUACUCUUCUUUUGAGCUUAAAGAACAGACUAGAGGCUGAGAUUGCAACCUAUCGUAGUCUCCUGGAUGGAGCAACAAGCUCAAUAACCAAAUGAAGAUGCCCUGAAAGGUUAAUGGAAGAAACACAAAACCCACUGAGCGUAUGUCAAUAAAGCUAUACAGCAGUGCCCGGG